AUGGGCAAGAUUAUCUUUUAUGAGGACAAGAACUUCCAGGGCCGCUUCCACGAGUGCAGCUCUGACUGUUCUGACCUUCACUCUUACUUUAAUCGCUGUAACUCCAUCAGGGUAGAGAACGGAAACUGGAUGCUCUAUGAGCGCCCCAACUACACUGGUCACCAAUACUACCUAAAGAGGGGAGAGUACCCUGACUUCCAGCAAUGGAUGGGUUAUAAUGAUUCCAUUAGAUCUUGCCGUGUCAUCCCUCAGCACCGUGGAUCCUUUAGAGUUAGAAUCUAUGAGAGAGAGGACUUCAGAGGUCAAAUGAUGGAAUUCACUGAAGAUUGUCCCCAAGUCCAUGAAGAAUUCAACUACCAUGACAUCCACUCAUGCAAUGUUCUUGAAGGACACUGGAUUUUCUAUGAGCAACCCAACUACAGGGGGCGUCAGUACUACCUGAGACCUGGAGAGUACAGAAGAUACGCAGAGUGGGGAGCUGUGACUCCAAGAGUUGGCUCUUUUCGUCGAGUCCAAGAAUUAUUUUGA